AUGGCGUCGACGAAAGAGCUUGCGCCCCUGCGGCAGACAGAAGCUCGUCUGCAAAAGGAGCUCGCAGAAAGCAAGAAAGUUCGUGAAGAUCUUGAGAAAAGGCUCGCGGGUCAAGAAAGUUCUGACUCGUCCGAGUCUGUGUCUGCAGAGAAGCAACAGCUUAAGCGGACGUUGGAUACUCAAAACGCCGAGUUAGAACGACUUCGUUCAAAACUCGCCGAGAAGGAGAAACUUUCGCUUGAGUAUGAAUCCGUUCUUCAAGAUAUCCGUGUGGCCGAGAACGAGCUUAAGGCCAGAAAUGAAAAAAUGGGCGAAGUUUUGCAUAAUGCAAUCCAGCAGUUAGCUGGCGAGCGCAAGACGAAUGCUGAUUUAAACGAGAAGAUUCAGUCACUUUCCGCAGAUGCUGAGGAAAAAGAGCAGCACUUAAACGAACUUCAGGACUUACUUAAACAGUCUCAACAGAGUUUAGCUGACGAAAAAGACAACAACUCGCAUCUUGAGGAGAACAUAUCUGAGUUAAAGCAAAAACUUGAAGGUGUGGACAAGUCUCUCGCUACCGCCGAAUUAGAAUUGGCGGAGACGCAGGCAAAGCUGAAAGAAGCUGUUCAAGAGAAGGAGGUGUUGAAGACCAAUGUUUCGGAAACACAGACGCGCUUGGAUGAAGCAAACAUGGUUCUGACUGAUGAAAUCAAUAAGAGUAAACAGUGUUUGUCUGAACUUUCGGAAGGAAAGAAACUUCGCACGGAGCUCGAAAAUGUUAUUUCGGAGCAAAAGAAACAGCUCGCCACCUUUACCGAACAAUCCCAGGAAUUUGAGGAAUAUAAGCAAAAGGCAGAAGCUUUUGAAAAGCAAGCUGCUGAACUUCAGUUAUGCCAGACCACUAUUGAUGAGAUGAAAGAAAUGAUUUCUAAGCUCGAAACCGAGAAGCAAGAUGCACUUAACCAGCAGCAAGACUUAAAGAACGACCUCCAAUCUAAGCAAGAAACAGUUGAAUCUUUGCAAAAAUCACAAGUUGAUUUCCAAGAGCAGCUGUCUGCUUCGCAAGCAGAACGUUCGGAAUUGACUAGUCUUAUUGAUGAAAAGGAAGCCGAGGUAACCGAGUACAAACGGGCUACCAAGGUAGCUGAAGAAAAGGUUGAGUCUUUAGACCAUGAAUUGGACGAUUUACGUAAUUCCAUUUCAGUUCUUGAGCAGGAUAAGUCAAAGCUUACUUCUGAACUUGAACAACUUCGAGAGGAGGCAUCACAAAAAGAUCUUGAGCAUACUUCCUUGUCGAAGAAGUUAGAGGACUUUGAAAAUUUGUCGAAUGAGCAUAAUGAAGUUGUCGAGCAGGUUGCUUCUCUACAAACUGCUUUGGAAACUGAAAAAGAGAAACUCAAUUCAGUCUCUGAAACGCUUGUCGAAGCACAGCAGAAACUUGCUUCCUCACAAGCUGCUUAUGCGAAGAAGGAAGAGGACUUCGAAGCUUUGAGCGCACAACUGGACGAAAGUAUUGGUCAAGUUAGAGAUUUCCAGGAGAAGCUUACCGAGGAUGCCAGAGUACAAGACGAACUCAAUAUCAGAAUCGGUAAUCUCCAGAAAACUGAAGAAGAACUACUCCAAAAAGUCUCAACCUCCGAUGGAUUGAUUGACAAAUUCAAAGAAAAGCUUCAAUCGACAUUGUCUGAUUAUAAGGGCGUUUCUGAGGAGCGCGAUUCCCUGAAGAAACAGUUCGAUGAGCUUUCUGAAAUGCAUGGUUCUUUGCAAGAGGAAUCUGAUGAGCAAGCAAAGCAACUUGAUGCUUAUAAAGAGAAGCUUGUGCAAAAGAACAACGACAUUGAGAAGUUGAAGAAUGACUGCGAGACUAAUUCGCAGGCGUUGUCAAUGGUUGAAGGCCAACGUAUGGAGUUGCAAGCUCUUGUUGAUGAAUUACGGGAUUCUUACUCAAAAUGUGAGGAACAGCUUGCGGCAACAAGGGAAAUGGUUGCUAAUAACUCCAAGUCUUUGGAGGAAAGUACGGCUAGAGAAGAAGAGCUUAAGCAACUGGUCGCAUCUUUGGAGGAAUCCGUUGAAUCGAAGGAUACUGAGAUCAUGGAUUUGCAGACACAGCUUAACGGAACAACCUCUGAGCUUGAGUCCCUGAGAGAUAGUUUAAGCGAUGCACAUGCAAACAACGAGCAGCUGGAAUCUUCCAAGGAUGAACUCUUGGCGGAGUUGAAUUCGGCAAAGGAAGCAAUUUCGAAAAUGAACUCUGAGAAGGAGGAGCAUACUCGUUUAAUUGAUGAGCAUGAGAAGAAACUUGAAUCUGAGAAGGAAGAACGUGCUCGUUUAGUUGAUGCACAUACGAAGAAUCUUCAAUCAGAGCAAGACAAACGUGAGCUUAUUGAGCAAGAAAAGGCAGAGCUGAACACACAAUUAGAGGCUUUGACGUCUAAUCUUUCUGCUGCAAACUCAAACCAAAGUCGUCUUCAAGAGCAGGUCUCAGCUCUUGAAAGUGAGUUAAAGCAAGGCCAGCUUAACAUUACUGAGUUACAGCACAAGUACGAUGAUGCUGUAGAAGCACAAGAAGCUUUGAGCAAGCAACUUGAAAAUAAGACUGCUGAACUUGAGCAGCUCCACGAAUCUCUUGCUGGUACUACUACUAAGCUUAAGCAACGUGAGGAAGAGUCUAGUGAUCUUACAGAAAGAGUCGCAUCAUUGACUACCGAACUGGAGAAAGCUAAUAAGGUUCUUGCCGAAACGAAUGAGGAAUUUGCUAAAUCCGGUGAACUUGUAGAGAAACUUCAAAUUCAGACAAGUGAGUUGGAGAAGAAACAUGCUGAUGUUGAGAUCUUGCUCCAAGAGAAGACUCAAGAAUUGGCCAAGGUGCUGGAACACAAAGAUACUUUGGAGGCAUCAAAACUUUCUGUCGAAAGCAUUCUCUCUGAGAACGAAGAGGAGCUGAGAAAGCUCAAGGAAGAGAAUACUCAGCUCUCUGAAACGCUGGCUGCUGUAAAAACAACAUGCGAUUCGCUUGCCGAUGAACGCUCCAGUUUGGAGAGACAACAAUCACAACUUCAAGAACAACUUAGUGCCUUGCAGUCAGAUAUUGUCGAUAUCAAGUUGAAGAAGGAGCAAUUGCAAUCUGAUCUUGACACAAAGGUUAUCGACCUUAAUCAGUCUGAUGAGACACAAAAGCAGCUUCGGAAGUUGAAUAAGGAACUUCUUUCGAAGAUUGCUGGUUUACAGCACAUGUCUGAGAAACUCUCGACAGCCGAAUCAAACCUUAAAGAGAAAGCAUCAGAUCUCGAGAAGCUUAGUGGUGAGCAUGACAAGGUUCUUAGUGACUAUGCUUCCCUGCAAAAUAAGCUUGAAGAUUCAGAGACAAAAUCUGCAGCUUUGUCUCAGAAGGUAGUUGAAUUGGAGAAGUCUUUGCAACUUUCUGAUAUUAGUAAGACAUCUUUCAUGGAAAAGCUUAAAAGUGCAUUGGAAGAAAAGACAGAGCUUCAAGUCAUUUAUGACGAUUUGUCUGAGAAGGUUAAAUCCUUCGGUUCUGCGCUACAUGACAACCUCAAUGAGGGUAAUCCGAUUCUGCAGACCAUUGAUAAUGCCCGAGAAAAGGGUUUCGGUUAUCUCGACGCUCUUUCGAGUGUAAUUCUUUCUUCUUAUAAUGAACAUGAGUCUAGUGUCAAACAAUUACAAAGCUCUAGUAAUCUGCUUCAGAAUAAACUCUCGAUGGCUGAAAUCAGAGUUGAUGAACUUCGUGGUCAAUGUGAGGAACUCUCUUCCAGUUUGAGUGAUGCAAACGAACAGAGGGAACAACAAACCAAGGAGUUGAAUGCUCUUCGUCGUGAAUUUGAGAACAUCGAAGAGAAGAACAACUUUUUGCAAACAAAGCUUGAGGGUAAACAAAGCGAGCUUGCAACAAGUGCCGCUUCAAAUGAAGAACUUCAGAAAGAAAAUAAUACGCUUCAGAAGAAGCUUGAAGAAUCCAACGCUCUGCUUAAGAGCAAGGAAGCCCAGGUACUGAAACUGGAAGCUGAAAUUGACGAUCUGAAUAACAAGGUCGAUAGUCUUUCUCAAGACUUAAAUUCUGUAAAGAACACACUUGCUCAAAAUUCCAAUCUGCUUGACCAGAGAACUGCAACAGUUGAAUCACUCUCUAAGAGUUUGGACAGUGAACGUCAAGGAAAACUCGAAUACACCGAAAAGGUGAAGGGUCUUCAACUGCAAACGGAAACACUUCAGCGUGAGCUUAAGGGGGCUCAAACAGAGGCUAAAGAGGUACGCGACGAGCUGGAGAAAUCGAAUUCUCUGAUUGAACAAUUAGAACAAACCCGAAAAACGGAGAAAGAAAGCCAUACGUCCUCGACUGAAGCGCUUCAGUCAGAAAUUGAAAAGCUUCUUUCUAAAAUAGAGGAACUCGAGUCUUCCGUUGAAAGCGGAAGAUUAGAGGUUACUAAAGCCGUUGAAGAACAUCAAAGGGUUAUAAAUGAGCAUACGAGCUCUUACGAAUCCGUUUUGGAUUCUUUGCGUAAAGAAGUUGAAAAGAAAUCUGCAGAUUUGGAAAUUAAAAACCAAGCUGUUAGUGCUCUUGAAGAAAAAGUCACUGAACUUCAACAGCAGCAUGCUGCCGUGAUUCGUGAUUAUGAGGGAAGAGAGAGUGAUUUGAAGGAGAAACUUUCUAAGCAACAACAGGAACUCGAAAGUGUUACUGUCGGACUUACUAAAACAAAGCAGGAUAUUAAAGACAAAGACAAACAAAUUGAGCAAUUGCGCGAUUCCGUCUCUCAACUUAGCGAUGCCAAGUUGUCACUUGAUGAGGAGGUUCAUAAUGUUAAUUUGCGUCUUGCUUCCGUGAAGGAGGAGUUGGCUUCCGUUAGAUCAGAUCUUAAGGUAAAGGAACAACAGCUGAGUCGUGCCAAGGAUGAUGAUGAGGAAAACAGCAGAAAAUUUGCUGCUUUGAGUGCUCUUCCAGCUGAGUGUGAAAAGUUGAAGCUUAGAGUCUCAGAGCUCACUGCGAGCUUGAAAGAUCGUGAUGAAGAAUCCGCAAAGCUUGCUUCUGAGAACGCUGUUUUCCUUGAGCAAUGCAGAAAUCUGCAGAAGACAAUUCAAGGAGAACAGCAAGUGUCUUCUGAUAUGCGACAAAAGUGUAAAGAUUUGGAGGAGGUUUGCACCUCUUUGCACGAUCAGCUUGAAAGACAAGCUCGGGCAUUUGCUGAAAGCGAGCAGAACAGGGCCAAGGAAUUGGCAAGUAUGAAGCAUAACUUGAAGACCAAUGAGAAACUACUUAAAUCGCUUAGGCAAAAACAGAGUAGAUCUAUUUCUCGUUCAACUGCUCUGGUUUAUGAAAAUUACUUGCUUGAGUUUGAAGAUGCCUUCAAUGGUUUGAAGGACAGAAUUAGUGCCAUGGAGCUAUCCCAAGAGAAGCUCGAGUUGACUUGGUACGGUCGUUUCCUUGGUUCAAUGGAUUCCGACAGACGUGAGCAGCUGCAAGGAUUUAAGGAGCAAAUCGCAAAGGUUGGAUCAAUGUUGGGAUCUAAUUUUGCUGAGCUUUUGCGGAAGGAUGCUGAAGUUUGCCUCCAUGAGGAGAACGAACGCGAUUCUCUUAUUGAGUCUUACAGCCAAAAGGUUUCAGAUAUGUCUGCGUCGGUGAAUGCACUUCAGUCUUUGCUCGAUAAAGAAAUGCGGUUCCGUGAAUCUUUGGCUUUCUCGAAAGCCUACUUAUUGAAAACCUGUGCUUUGCAGGCUGGUCCCAACAAGUCGACGGUCUUAGACUAUUUCCCGACUUCGCGGUAUCCGAAGGCAGCAAAACUGAAGAGCGCGUUUUUGAGCGUCUUGUCUAUCCAACGCAUGAAAAAGUUGAGCCAGCAGGCUGCUCGCGCUCAACAAAUUCUUGGAGCGCUUCACUGA